AUGUACAGACAUCGAGAACAUAAAGCUGCUGAAGCUCGUGAGCUUUUAGAGCUGCCUAGACCUCAGAUUCCUGUGAUACCAGAAGGCAGAGAAGUUAUCAAUUUAGCUUUGUGGAGAGUCUACGAGCCGGGUAACUACAAAUCACUAGCUUGGAUAUUUGUUGUAGUCUUAGUGUCCUUGUUUGGUUCCAUCUUGUUCUUCUCUGGCUUCUGUCAUGAACUUGAUUAUACUUUUGAUGUUGUUAAUCUAGGAAAUUUCAAUUAUGACAAAUGUGGUCCUCAAGACCAGGAAAGAGAUAACUUCUUAACUCCAGGAACCAGAGUUGUCUUUAUGGUCAUCGAUGCUUGGAGAUAUGAUUUCCUCACCUCAGCCCAUUCACCUAUGAAGUUUGUCAGGAAAAGCGUUGAAAAUGGUCGAGCUGUCAUGUUCAAAGGAAUUGUUCAGCCACCGACAGUCACGAUGCCAAGAAUUAAAGCUAUGACUUCUGGUGUAAUUCCAUCGUUCACGCAAGCUGUUUACAACUUUUUCACUUCUGAGUCAACCAUAGAUAGUUGGGUGAAGCAGGCCUUUGAUCAUAAGAAGAAAAUUGUAUUUUAUGGAGAUGAUACCUGGGUCAAGUUGUUUCCGUUAUACUUCAGUGAGUUCGAAGGAGUGCCGUCUUUCAACGUCAAGGACUAUACAAACGUUGAUAAUAUUGUUACCGAAAACAUGCGUAGGCAGUUGAACAGCACAAGUUGGGACUUGAUGAUUCUCCAUUACUUAGGAUUAGAUCAUAUAGGGCAUUCCCUUGGAGCCAAAUCAUCGAAAAUCAAACCAAAGCUAGCAGAGAUGGAUAGCAUUGUUGAAGAAAUGUAUAAGAAAUUAUCGAAAGAAGGUCCUCUAACCAUGGUAGUACUAGGUGAUCAUGGAAUGAAUGACUUGGGCGCUCAUGGCGGUUCAUCUAGAGAAGAAAUAGAAGUUCCCAUUGUUAUUUUCCACAACAGAGCGAAAGUGGUGAACUCCAUGAAAAUAGGAAAAGAUAAGCCAUAUGACGUUUUUCAAGUGGAUAUUGCAACAACAAUGGCAGAGUUUCUUAGAGUUCCUCUUCCAGAAAGAACUAGAGGCGUAUCAUUGCUACCUCUUUUGCAAAAAUAUUGGUAUAUGCAAUAUCAAACCCUACUGCACAGUAACAUAAGGCUUUGCUUGCAGCUUAGCAGAUAUGUUAAACAUGCUCCAUCAGUUGAACGUUUUUUAUCUGCUGAAGUAGGAGAUGAUAGAAAGAGUAUCUGCACAAUUGGAGACUCUUUAGUUUACCCCACAGCUGAUACGAUAAAGUCUUGGAGUAGAGAAUUGCAAAAUAGAAUUCUCAAAUCCGUUGAUGAAACGUGGGAAGUAGCUUCUUAUACCGGGCUGAUCCUUGUUGGAGCGAUGGGUCCCCUCAUGGUUUUCAAUGAUUUCAAACACGUUCAUGCUAUAGGGUUCAAGUAUGUUGUUAGCGUAUAUCAUGUAAUCGAGUGGUUCUUGAUAUUCACUCCUGUCAUUUCUAUCUUUUCUAGUAGUUUGGUAGAGGAAGAGCAUGAUAUGUGGAAUUACUACACUUGUGUGGUGAUAGUGAUACGAGCAUUUCAAGUUGUCCAGCAUGCAUUAUGGCUUCCAUUGAUCGACUUUGGAAUGAACAUACGGGAAGACACUGAAUUAACACGUGAGAAACGAAGAAAGCGGGCUUAUCGUAUUAUAUGGAAUGCUUGUAUUAUGUUGUUCUGCCAUAGGUUUGCUGUUGCUUUUGGUGCCAGCAGCAGGCGGAGGUGGAAGAUGGAUGCAGAACUCAUGCCUAAGCCCAUCUAUAAUGAUCCUGAUUUCAUGAAGAACCUGUAUUGGCUUACCCGAAGAACAGAUCCUCAAUAUUUCUUUGGGAAAAUACUACCAGGCACCUCUGUGAUUUUUGCUGGGGUUUAUCUAACUUCUAUGUGUAAUAAGUAUUUGAAGUCAAAGUACCGUGGUUCGUUCCCUUUCCAAUCCAUUGUGCCUUUCUAUACUCUUGUUCUAAUAACCAAAGGACUAGCUAUAACUUGUGGGAUAGAAGACAAGGCUCUGGCUAUAAUAACACCUAUUUCAUUAUUGAUAACCGUAUUAACGUUCUGGUUAUCCCCCUCGAUAUCCAUCAUCUUCUACUUGUUAUAUCUCUGUAAGCCCGAACAACAAAUUUUGUUAAUUUUGGCUUAUGAGCUGGGUUCAAGAGCUAAGCUCAUUUAUAUUGACCGAUACUUCUUCUGUAUUAUGUUCUAUACAACGUUUUUCUAUUCGGGUACGAGUAAUAAAUUAGAAUCAAUUGAUGUCAAUGCCGGGUACUAUGGCAUAUCAGAAUACAAUGUGAUAGUUGUUGGUUUCCAAAUUUUUAUGAAUACUUAUGCUCCGUGUAUAGUUUUCCUUUUUUCAUAUGUGUUUUACACUUCUGCCGAGUAUAAUGUGCUGGUAUCACCACUACAACAAGAAGUAGCCAAAGUGAGAGGAAGAGAAGCGCAUGUUGACUUCUUCUAUAUUGUUCACUUCCGUAUUCUACUGGCAGGAACUGCAAUCAUUGCUAUGCAAUUUUUCUCUGGUCACUUGUUCGUUUGGACAGUUUUCGCACCAAAAGCUUUAUUUGAGGUUUUCCACUGCGCUAUCGUUUUGUUUGUGUCGUCGUUAUUCACUUUGCCGGCUUUUUGUGCCGAUUACACAGUUUGA